AUGGUACUUGCGUACAUCUGGUUUCCCAAGGUUGCUCCUCAGAAUCUCGUAACAAACCCCAGGGACCAGAAAACAGAGCAUAGUCUCUUGAUUAAUGAAGUCAAUGCUGAUAACCCAGGAGAGGACACUUCUGAGUUCGUGGAGCUCUAUCACACCAGUGGUCAAACAGCCUGCUUGGAUGGCUACUAUCUGGUCUUCUACAACGGCAAUGGAAACCGAGCAUACAAAGUUUUGAACCUCCAGGGUAACGUCACUAACAGCCAAGGGCUCUUUCUCAUUGGCUCCACUUCUGUGAACCCUGCUAUAGUUAUUCCAAAGAGUACUAUCCAGAAUGGCCCUGAUGCAAUUGCUCUCUACUAUGGAAAAGGGAACUAUAGAGAGGGUAUGAGCGUCACAGAUUAUGGACUAGUAGAUGCCUUGGUCCAUAAGACUAAGAAGACGGACAGAGCGGACACGCUGGUCAGGGUGCUGACCCCCGGCAGAGAUGCUUUCUUGGAGGACCCCACCUUCAGGACCGUGGAUGAGUCAAUAGAAAGGUGCCUUGGGGCAGAUUCUCAGUGGAUCUUCCAAGUGGCUGUGCCAACCCCAGGCACAGACAACCACUGCAUUCUAACUUCUCAGCUGAAUGCAUCCACUGUCCUGAUCAGUGAGGUCCUUGCUGCCUCUUCUUCUGAAGACUUUGAGUUCAUAGAGCUCCAGGGUCCCCACUCCACCAUGCUAAGGGACAUUGUUCUGGUGCUGAUUGACGGUCGGACCAAAGACAUUUAUUUCACCAUAGAUGUUUAUGGCAAAACCUCACUGGAUGGGCUAUUUCUGAUCGGUCCAGCACAAAGCAAAACCCCAGGACCCCCAGAGAUGGAUGUAGUGCUCCAGGUGGGUCUCAUAGGCAACAGCAGCAGUUUUGACCUGGGGAAGGCACUGCCAGUGACUGGCCUGAUGGAUGCCUUCGUGUACUCGAGCAAUGAGGAGCCGAACCCUGAGCUGCUGGAGAUCCUGACCCCUGGCAGACCUGCCUACAAGAAACCACAGCAGCAGCUGGGAGAAGUGUCCAUGAGCCAGUGCAACUGCUGCUUCAUGAUCCGGGAUUCUUUGUCCUAUGUCCUCAGCAGACCCACGCCUGGCAAGUUCAAUGACUGCCCCAGCAAACACUUCAGCCAGACGCUCUCCUUCUGCCUUCAUGUAGCAGAUUGCCAGGAGUGGCUCCUGAAGUCAGAAGAGAUUCUGAUGACUCUGGUCCAGGCCCUUGAUGAAUCGUGCAGCUGUGGAGUCUCUGCUGCAUACUUCAAAGAGCCAAGGGCAGCCUGCCAGGACCUGGGGCUUGUGUUCACCACUCUGCUAAAUGCUAAGUCAGAGGAUCAGCUGAACAGCCUGCUGCUGGCAUUCAGGACCUUCCUAGAGACACCCAGACUUGUGAGUUUUGGCAGAAGGAACAUCACAGCAGAAAGCUCCUGCUUCAAGGAUAUAGAUGUGCCAGACUUGCCUCCAGAGAUACCAAAAGGGACUCAAAAUCCUUCUGUGCAACUGCCCAAGCUACUCAUCAGUGAGGUGAACCCGGACAACCCAGGGGGAAGAGAGGAUGCAGAGUACAUCGAACUCUUCUACACUGGACAGACACGCUUUGACCUCCAGGGAUACUGGCUGGUCCUCUACAACGGUAAAAAUAGCCGGGCCUACCGGGUGUUAGACCUGUCUGGACACCACACAGAUGAGCUGGGUUACUUCCUGGUGGGGAGCAGCACCAUGAGGCCAGCAUCCAUGAUCAGGCUGCCCCCCAACACCAUCCAGAAUGGGGCGGACGCUGUGGCUCUCUACUACAGCAACACCACCCUCUACAUGGUGAACAUGGCUGUGACUGCAGAGGGGCUGGUGGAUGCCAUGGUGUACUCAUCCCGAAUGUCGGAGAAGGCAGCCCAUCUGCUCACAGUGCUGGUGCCAGGGCAGAGCAUCCUCUAUGAAAACUGUUCUCACAGCACUGAGGACGAGUCUCUGAGCCGCUGCCACAGCCUGAGCGCUAAACUCCAGAGCAGCUUCCAGGUGACCGUGGUGACGCCGCUGCGGGAGAACUUGUGCGGCAGCUCCUCAGUGCUGGUCCCUCCUGCUGUCCGCAUCAGCGAGCUGUGCCUGGGCGGCAGCACUGCCCACUGCCGCUUCGUGGAGCUCGAGGGGAUGCCUGGCACGAGCCUGGCAGGGCUCAGCCUGGUCGUCUUCUCAGGGAAGGAGGGCAGAGCACUUGCCAGCAUCACUCUGAGUGGCACCAUCGGAGCCACGGGGCUGUUGGUGUUUGCGCUGGAAGGAGGGCACGGGCACGGUGAGGCUGAUGGCUUGGACCUGGCGCUCAAGGUUCAGCCUAACAUUAUCUACAUCUUCACCUCACCUAUUGCCCUGGCAUUUCCAGAUGGGGCAAACCUGACUUUCAAGGACAUCCCUGCUGCUAGCAAAGGCUCCAGUGCUAUUGCUGUGUACAGCACCAACUUGAUUCUUGGUGACACAAAGGCAACAUCAGAGAACUUGGUGGAUGCCUUGGUGUAUAGCUGUGAGCCCAGCACAGCUGGAGGACUCUUGGACUUCCUUGGACCAUCUUACACUGUGCCCUGCAAGGAUGACAGGCCCGUGUCCCUGAGCCGUUGUGCCAGCAGCAGUGCCAGCACAGAACUGCAGUUUGCCAUCUCGGACCCUACCCCUGGUCUGCAGAACAGUUGUCCCGAGGAAAUCUUUGCAGUGGAUCUCCACCUCUGCUUCCUGACACCCAAACUGAACCUGACGUGCAUGGGCUCCCUGGUGAAGGUCUGGGGCCAGGCAUGGGCUCGGCAGCCAGAGCAGCAGCACUCCAUCGAGACCUGGUGCCGGGGCUUCCUGGCCAGCCCCCACCCCUUCACGGUGGAUGGCAGCAUGCUGAAAACCAGCCCUGAGUGCAUCGCCCCCAAAGGCACCCCAUCCAUGUCACACAGAGCUGCUUCCUUCCAGGACUGGGAAAUCGCCCUGUUUGUCGUGGGAUCUCUCCUGCUCAUAUUCUUGGUGGUUGGCCUAGCAUUUUACUUCAUCAAAAGACACCCCCAGAACUACACCAGCAUCGAAAUGAGUGACCGUGGGGAGAUGGCAGCAGAGUUCUAA